GGAGCGGGAGAGAGGGCGGGAGAGAGGGAGAGCGUGAGCGCGCGCUAGCUAGCAGCAGAGCUGAGACAGACCGAGGGGACCAGAGACAUCCGGAGAGAGACAAGCAGCUGAGCUCUGUCGGGGCUCAGUCUCCAACUUGUUUCACUCCAUUCAUCCUCCUCUCCUGGGGCUUCCGGAAGUGACCCUGGCGCUUGGUACCUCCAAGUGGCUGCCUAAAGCCUAAGAAGAUGAUAAUCACACAAAUGUGUCACUUCUACACGACCAGACUUAUGCUUCUUUUCCUGAUUGCUAUUCUCCCUGGAGCCACUGGCCAAGGGGAAUCAAGACGGCAAGAACCUGGGGACUUUGUGAAGCAAGAUAUUGGCGGCCUGUCUCCUAAGCAUCCAAAUAUUCCAGAAGACAGCACUGACAACAUCACUAUCUUCACCCGAAUCUUGGAUCGCCUUCUGGAUGGCUAUGACAACCGGCUGCGACCUGGGCUUGGAGAUGCAGUGACUGAAGUCAAGACGGACAUCUACGUGACCAGUUUUGGCCCCGUCUCAGACACUGACAUGGAGUACACCAUUGAUGUGUUUUUUAGACAGACAUGGCAUGAUGAAAGACUGAAAUUUGAUGGACCCAUGAAGAUCCUUCCACUGAACAAUCUCCUGGCUAGUAAGAUCUGGACUCCGGAUACCUUCUUCCACAACGGCAAGAAAUCAGUGGCUCAUAAUAUGACCACACCCAACAAGCUACUCAGACUGGUGGACAACGGGACCCUCCUCUACACAAUGAGGCUAACGAUUCAUGCCGAGUGCCCCAUGCAUUUGGAAGAUUUUCCCAUGGAUGUGCAUGCUUGCCCACUGAAGUUUGGAAGCUAUGCCUACACAACUGCUGAAGUGGUUUAUUCUUGGACUCUUGGGAAGAACAAAUCGGUGGAAGUGGCGCAGGAUGGCUCUCGUCUGAAUCAGUAUGACCUGUUGGGCCAUGUUGUUGGGACAGAGAUAAUACGGUCUAGUACAGGAGAAUAUGUCGUCAUGACAACCCACUUUCAUCUCAAGCGCAAAAUUGGCUAUUUUGUGAUCCAGACCUAUUUGCCAUGUAUCAUGACUGUCAUUCUGUCACAAGUCUCUUUCUGGCUCAACAGAGAGUCUGUCCCUGCGCGCACGGUCUUUGGUGUCACCACAGUGCUCACCAUGACCACCUUGAGUAUCAGUGCUAGAAAUUCCUUACCUAAGGUGGCGUACGCGACGGCCAUGGACUGGUUCAUAGCCGUCUGUUAUGCCUUUGUGUUUUCUGCGCUGAUCGAAUUCGCCACUGUCAACUAUUUCACCAAGAGAAGUUGGGCCUGGGAAGGCAAGAAGGCUCCGGAGGCCCUGGAGACAAAGAAGAAAACGCCAGCGGCUCCGACCAAGAAAACGAGCACCACCUUCAACAUCGUGGGGACCACCUACCCCAUCAACCUGGCCAAGGAGACUGAGUUCUCCACCAUCUCCAAGGGCGCUGCUGCCAGUGCGUCCUCAACUCCGACCAUCAUCGCUUCACCCAAGGCCACCUUUGUGCAGGACAGCCCGACUGAGACCAAGACCUACAACAGUGUCAGCAAGGUUGACAAAAUCUCCCGCAUCAUCUUUCCCGUGCUCUUUGCUAUAUUCAAUCUGGUCUAUUGGGCCACAUAUGUGAACCGGGAGUCAGCCAUCAAGGGCAUGAUCCGCAAACAGUAGGUCGUAAAGGUGGCACAGCAACCAGAGCACUGUAUACCCCCUGAAGCAUCCAGGCAGCCAGCCCCGGGGCUCCCCUUCACAUGUUUCAGGAUUCUUCUUUUCAGCCCUCUUUCAAGCUGUGACUCUCAAUUCAUAUUUAUGAAUCUCAGUGAAAGAAUAGCAACAGAAAAAUGACUUGUCCCCCUCACACUGCAUAAUAUACUCACAUCAGAGCCAGACACUGCCAUUUGUCCAGUUGCACACCUUAGCCUGCCAGUCUCCCCCAGCUGAGGGCAUUGCAUGUACUUUAUUACACUCUGCCCGCUGCAGGAAGAACAUGAGACUGCUCCCUGUCCUGGGAGCCUUGGCUCUUUGAGAAGUCCAGACUGAGGGGAACUGUUGACUGGUCCAGAUCAGAUGAUUCUGGCUUACCAGGGAGCCAGGCAGGGCCAUGCCGUGCAGUCCUGUGCGCCACCCUGCCUGCCAGCAGCAGGGCCUACCAGGCAUAAGAGCUGCGAGAGAUGAGAAAGUCACCUCCCUGCCAAGGCAACUAGGCCAAUACUGGUGGGAGAGGAAGGGUGGGUGGCAGUUGAGGAUUCAAGUCUGGCUCAAAACAAAGGAUCACUGGCAGGUGAAAAGUCCAAUUCGCCCGUAUCCUUCGCCCAGGCCCAGGCACUUUGUUCCCACCACAUUCGGGACCUCUGGUCCCGUGUUGUCGAUGGCGAUGUUUAAGAGGGGUGACCUGAGAGUAACACAAAUCUCUCUAGUCAGUUUUUGAGUUUACUAAACCAUUGAAUUUAUUGCCAGUUUUAUACCGUAUUAUGCACAGGCCAUUUGAUUUCAUUUGUUCUUAAUCUUGGUGUGAGUACGAGGGACAGGCAUAAAUACAAAAAUGUUCUAAGGUAAAUAAACUGAGUCGCAGAAGUUUGAAUAGUUUGCCUAGGCCCCUUACACCUGUCUUUAAUAACAAUAACGCACCCCUUUUCAAUGGCCAAAAGGAAAAAAACUGAGAAGCCCGGUCCGUUUGGACUCAGAAUCAGCACCAUCUCAGUGGGCCUUCUGGGUCAUGAGGGCACUGAAGAGGCCUUUAGACCAUGCCACACUCCUAAGAGUCAUGGCUAAAGGGAAUGAGAGCCCCAGCCUCUUUGGCUCUGAUUACAUGCACUGGUCCAGAGAAUCCUAGAAGUCUGAGGCAGAGCUGCAGAGGGCAGCCACAAGCAGAUUCUCCCUGGCCAUCCACUUUAACAAACUCUGAAGGGGUGUAUCAGUAGCUGCUGGUUGCCUUUUCAUCCAUCCUUCCCCGACCCCCUGCUUCCUUGCCAUUGCUGGGAUAAUGCAUGCCAGUCCCAUUUUUCCUAAGACUGUGUCUGUAGGUAAAUUCUUGACUAGAAGAGUGUAGUCUUGUGGAUAUGUGGGGAUGGGGGUGGGUGGGUGGGGUUGUAAAUGACUGUCUUAAAGAAUUUAGAAUGAAAGCCUGACCUUUGCCUUUCUGUACUAAUUGUGUUUCCAAAAGCUUUGGUGUAAUGUUUAGCGGCUGUUUAUUAAACCCUUUCUGAAUUGUA